AUGUUCCAACUCUCGCGACUGGAGGACGACAACGUCAAGAUCCUCCCCGAGAACCUGGGGAAGCCGACGCUGGAGGCCAUCGUCGAGGUCAUCGAGCGCCUGUACGUGGACAAGGUCAUUCGAGAUUUAGGGCUGGUCAUCACGCUGUACGACGUCGUCAGCGUCGAGGGCGGGACGGUGUACCCGGGCGAAGGCAGCGCGCACUUCAAGGUCGUGUUCCGCGUCGUCGUGUUCCGGCCGUUCGUCGGGGAGGUUCUGGAGGCGACGCUGAAGCGCAGCGACGAGGAGGGACUGCGCGUCAGCCUCGGCUUUUUCGACGACGUGUUUGUCCCCGCGCACCUCCUCCAGGAUCCCUCCAAUUUCGACGACAAAGAGAAGCUCUGGGUGUGGGAGUACCAGGGCGACGCCAAACAGAAGAUGCACUUCGACCUGGAGGAGAAGAUUCGCGUCCGCGUGCAGUCGGCGGCGACGAGAGGAUUAAAAUCCAUCACCGGGCACUCGAUGGGCGGCCACGGCGCGCUGACGAUCGCGUUUAAGAACCCGACGGAGUACGCCGCGGUGAGCGCGUUCGCGCCGAUCGUGAACCCGUCCGCGGUGCCGUGGGGGAAGAAGGCGUUCGAGACGUACUUGGGCUCAGCGGAGGCGGGGAAAGACCACGACGCGUGCGAGCUCCUGAAGAAGCGCGGCGCCGCGUUUCCCGAGUUUGCCGACGUGCUCGUCGAUCAAGGCCUCGACGAUCAGUUCUUGACCGAGCAGCUGAAACCGGAGAACCUCGAGGCGGUCGCGAAAGAGGUGGGUCAGAAGGUGAGCGUGCGAAGGCACGCGGGGUUCGACCACUCGUAUUUUUUCAUCUCGAGCUUCAUGGAGGACCACGUGAAGUUCCACGCGAAAGCGCUCGCGUCCAAGGCGCAAGCGAUGGCGGACGCCGUGGACGUCACGGCCGACCCGGCGCUUCUCGCGGAGUUCGCGAAGACGGCGGGGAAGGACAUCGAGUGCAACGCCGCGGUCGCGUGGGGGCCGAAGCAACCGCUGACGAACGAAGUCGUGAUCGUCGCGCCGCCGAAAGCGGGCGAGGUGCGCGUGAAAGUCAUCUCCAACGCGCUGUGCCACACGGACAUCUACACCCUGGACGGGCACGACCCGGAGGGUCUCUUCCCGUGCAUCCUCGGGCACGAGGCUGGCGCGAUCGUGGAGUCCGUCGGCCCGGGCGUGACGUCCGUGAAGCCGGGAGACCACGUCAUCCCGUGCUACACCCCGCAGUGCAACGCGCCCGCGUGCAUCUUCUGCGCGUCGCCGAAGACGAACCUGUGCCCGACGAUCCGAUCGACGCAAGGCGCGGGCGUGAUGCCCGACGGCACGUCCAGGUUCACCGCGAAGAAGGACGGGACCGUGAUCAACCACUUCAUGGGAUGCUCGACGUUUUCGGAGUACUCCGUCAUCGCGGAGAUCAGCGCGGCGAAGAUAAACCCGCGGAUGCCGCUCAACAAGGCGUGCCUGUUCGGCUGCGGCGUCAGCACCGGCCUCGGCGCGGUGUGGAACACGUGCAAGGUCGAGGCCGGCGCCUCCGUCGCGGUGUUCGGGUUGGGCGCGGUGGGCCUGGCCGUCGUGCAGGCGGCUAAGAUGGCUGGCGCGGGGCGAAUAAUCGGCGUCGACCUCAACGAGGACAAGUUCGCGAUCGCGUCGCGGCUCGGGUGCACGGACGUCGUGUGCCCGAACGACCACGAGGGCAUCCCGAUUCAGUCUGUGAUCGUCGGCAUGACCAAGUGGGGCGUCGACUACUCCUUCGACUGCACCGGCAACGUGGAGGUGAUGCGAAGCGCGUUGGAGUGCGCGCAUCGCGGCUGGGGCGAGUCGUGCGUCAUCGGCGUCGCGGCGAGCGGCAAGGAGAUCGCGACGCGGCCGUUUCAGCUCGUGACCGGGCGCGUGUGGAAGGGCACCGCGUUCGGGGGUUGGAAGUCGCGGAGCGCGGUGCCGAAGCUCGUGGAGCGAUCUCUCGCGGGGGAGCUCCCGGUGGAUCACUACGUGACGCACGCCAUCGACGCGAAGGGCGGCGACGUGGCGGGGGCGACGAACGAGGCGAUCCACGCGCUGCACGGCGGCGAUUGCCUCCGCGCGGUCGUGACGUACCACAAGUGAUGAGCGAGGAGGAGGAGGAGGAGGGGAGAGAGAUCGCGCGCGAGGGAGGGACGGCGCGGCCGGCGGCGUCGUCCGUGCUCCUGGAAGUGCAAAAUGGAGGUUCGGCGCGUUGAAAAAAAAAAGUUCACCCU